UGGGGUGGGAUUGCGGUGGGAGCGGCGGCGGCGGCGCGUGCAGGGCGCGCGGGGAGGCGGGCCCGGCGGCGUUAAACCUCCCCCGGGCCAUGUCCCGGGCGGCCUGAGCGGGGCCAGCUCCAUGCGGCGCCGGUAGCGCCCGUCAGCGAGCGUAGCCGAGCGCAGCGCUAUGGCCGACGCGGCGCCCGCUGAGCCGGGGCCGGAGCCCCAGUGCGAACCGGAGCUUCGCUCCGAGCCCGAGGCGCGGCCGGAGCCGCAGUCCGAGCCCGAGCCGCAGCCCGAGCGUGGAGAGGCGCCGACGGAGGACGGCGAUGCCGGGCGGCUGCCGCCCCCCGGGGCGGAGGCGGCGGCGGGCGGCGCCGAGGGGCGGCCGCCGGCGGGUGGAGCGGGGCGUCCCGGCCUGGGCCCGCGGUACCGGGCCGUGGGACGCACCGAGGAGUGGCCGGUGAAGAAGAAGCACCGUCGGCGGCCGUCGAAGAAGAAGCGGCGCUGGAAGCCGUACUCGAAGCUGAGCUGGGAGGAGAAGCAGCAGUUCGACGAGCGGCAGAGCCUCCGCGCCUCCCGGCUGCGAGCGGAGAUGUUCGCCAAGGGGCAGCCGGUGGCUCCCUACAACACCACGCAGUUUCUCAUGGAGGACCAUGACCAGGAGGAGCCCGACCUGAAAACCGGGCUGUACCCGCGGCGAGCGGCCGCCAAGUCGGACGACACGAGCGAGGAGGAUUUCCUGGACGACGCGGCGGACGAGGACGGGGGCAGCGACGGGAUGGGGGGGGACGGCAGCGAGUUUCUGCAGAGGGACUUCUCGGAGACGUACGAGCGGUACCAUGUGGAGAGCCUGCAGAACAUGAGCAAGCAGGAGCUGGUGAAGGAGUACCUGGAGCUGGAGAAGUGCCUGUCGCGCAUGGAGGAGGAGAACAACCGGCUGAGGAUGGAGAGCAAAAAAGCCGGGGGGGAGGCGGCGGACCCGGCGCGGGUGCAGGCGCUGGAGCGGGAGGUGGACAGGCUGCGAGCCGAGAACCUGCGGCUGCUGCGGGAGCAGGAGCUGCCCCGGCAGGAAAAGGGCCCCUGCAAGCCGGGGGAGUGACACUGGGCAGGGGGGCGCGGGGGGGUUUUUACAGUGCUGGGUGGAACAUUCGGUCCUUGUACAGAGUCGCCGCGGACCCUUUUUAUGGGCUAAACUGCAGCUGGGUGGGCCGAGGGCUCCCCCUUUUUUAGGUGGCUGUGACGGGGCGAGGGGGGGUUGAUGUAUUGGUGAUAUCUGGUUUAUGGUUUUAUUUUUUUUUUUUGUGUCUAAACCAAAAAAAAAAAAAAAAAUCCCCAGGAAAGCUGUAAAUUGGCCAAAACUGACUAUAAAAAAUACAGAGGUCUAAUAAAUUUAAUUACUUGUAA